GGUUGAAAUUAAAAGCUUUCCGGACAUUCAGAUGUGUUCAUGAUCGCGCCGUAAACUGUUUGAUACGCCUUGCUGGGUGUUUCAUUCCUUGUCCGUUAUACUUUAUCCAAGACAUCUCCUCCCAGUGUUUCGCUGUACACAAGAUGAUACGCAGCGAAGUGAAAUAAACGAAGGCGCUGACAACUGGAAUAAUAUUAACCUUGGAGGACACAAUGGGGCUUUGCUGCCCUGCUGUCUUGGUGGCAGCUCUGCUGAUUGCCCAUUGCACAGCCGAGGAAGUGUUGGUGAUGCAAGUUGGAAAACAAGAAGCAUCCACACCUGCUGUGUCGCCGGUGUGGACAUGGGAGUGUCAGUCACAGCGGUGCGAGAAGCUCCUGCUGGCCGGGGGCCAGGCGGCCCAGUCCCUGGACGCGUGCAAGCUGCUGUGCGGGGAAUACCGCGUGCUGUGGCCGCGCCCCACCGGCAAGCUCAGCCUCGGCGACUCCUUGUACACCAUCAGCCCCAACAGCAUCACCGCCGAGCUCACGCCGACGGGGCGCCAGCUGUCGCCCGAGGUGGGAGAGCUGUUCAGGAAUGCAGUUAAGCUGUUCCGUAAGAACGUGCUGGACCUGGCGACGGGCAGCGGACCAAUCAGGUCCGUCGGGAGGUCUCUGCUUGUCGAGUGCUCCAUCGACGACACUGCCCUAGCCAGCUUUAAGUCCGAUACAGAUGAGAGCUACUUGCUGCAGAUAUCGGAAGCCUCCAAUGGCAGGGUGAACGCCUCGAUCACGGCGCCGACGUUCUUCGGGCUGCGGCACGGCCUGGAGACGCUGCUCCAGCUGGUCAUCUACGACGACGUGGCCCAGGAGCUGCGAGUCCUCAGCAGCGCCCUCAUUGAGGACCGGCCCGUCUUCCCGCACAGGGGCAUACUGCUGGACACCGCCCGCAACUUCAUCUCGGUGGAGUCGAUCAAGCGCACCUUGGAGGGCAUGGCCGCCUCCAAGCUCAACACUUUCCACUGGCACCUCACCGACUCGCACAGCUUCCCCUUCCAGUCGCAGUCGUACCCGCAGCUGUCCCAGUACGGGGCCUACUCCCCCAGGAAGGUGUACACCCCGGACGACGUCCGCUCCGUGGUGGAGCACGCGCGCGUCCGCGGCGUGCGGGUGGUGCCGGAGCUCGACGCGCCGGCGCACGUGGGCGAGGGCUGGCAGUGGGCGGGCGCCGACGCGACCGUGUGCGUCAAGGCGGAGCCGUGGCGGAGCUACUGCGUGGAGCCCCCCUGCGGCCAGCUCAACCCGACCAGCGACCGCGUCUACGAGAUCCUCGCCGGCGUCUACAAGGACAUGUUCGCCCUGUUCGACUCGGACAUCUUCCACAUGGGCGGGGACGAGGUGAACUUCAACUGCUGGAACAGCUCGGAGCAGAUCGUGAGCUGGAUGCGGUCCCGCCAGCUGUCCCGGGACGAGCCGGGCUUCCUGGAGCUGUGGGACCACUUCCAGACGCGGGCGCUGGCCGCGCUGGCCGAGGCGAACGGGGGGGAGGCCCCGCCCGUGGUGCUCUGGACGAGCGGCCUCACGGGCAAGGGCCACGUGGAGCGCUACCUCAGCCCCGACAAGUACAUCAUCCAGAUCUGGACGACCGGCGCGGACCCGCUCAUCGGCGAGCUGGUGAACAAGGGCUACCGCGUCAUCCUGUCCAACUACGACGCGCUCUACUUCGACUGCGGGUUCGGGGCGUGGGUGGGCGAGGGCAACAACUGGUGCUCCCCGUACAUCGGCUGGCAGAAGGUGUACGGGAACAGCCCGUACGGCAUCGUGGAGAAGCUGGGCGCCAACGCGACCGCCGCGCGCCGCCUUGUGCUGGGCUCGGAGGCGACGCUGUGGACCGAGCAGGUGGACGACGAGUCGGUGGACGGCCGGCUCUGGCCGCGCUCGUCGGCCAUGGCCGAGCGGCUGUGGUCGGACCCGAGCGAGGGCUGGCGGGACGCCGAGCCGCGGCUCCUGCACCACCGGGAGCGCCUGGUGCGGCGGGGGGUUAGGGCCGAGGCCUUGGAGCCGCUGUGGUGCCACCAGAACCACGGCUACUGCUACCUGUGAGCAGCUGCGACCUGCCUUUGUAUCGUGUGUGCACGUGUAACAUUUUUCAACUUGUGUUUUUGAAGAAAUAAAAAAAUAUUCCCAUUUAAA